UCGCGGACGGCGUCGCACCAGCACCAGCACGAGCAGGAGUUGCUCCUGCGCUUCGCCGUGCCUUCGCCGCCCGUGGCCACCAAGCAGCUGACGCUAGCCGCCGGCCACGACGCCGCCGGCACAGGCCCGGCCGCAGAGACGCCGCGCACGCUCUGGAUGGGCGACUUGGACCCCUGGCUCGACGAGGCCGCCAUCGUGGCGCUCUGGUGGCACGUUCUCGGGCAGCACGUGGGCGUCAAGGUGAUCCGCCCGCGGUCCGCGCGCCAGGGGGGCGCGACGUCGGCGCCGCCGGCCCACGCGGGCUACUGCUUCGUGGAGUUCCCGCUGUUCGAGGCCGCGCAGCAGGCGCUCGGCUUGAACGGCCAGAUGUUGCCCGACAUGGCGAUGCCCUCGCAGCGCGAGUUCCCGGACAACCCGGACAAUCAGAAGAAGUACUUCCGGCUCAACUGGGCCGCGGGCGCCACGCUCCUGGCGCCGCUCGUCGAGCUGCCGGAGUACUCGUUGUUCGUGGGCGACUUGAGCGCGGCCACCACCGAGGCGCACUUGCUCCUGUUCUUCCAGAAGCUGUUCCCCAACUCCAUCCGCACCGUGCGCGUCAUGACGGACCCCGUGUCGGGCAAGUCGCGCUGCUUCGGCUUCGUGCGCUUCUCCGACGAGCACGAGCGCCAGCGCGCCUUGGUCGAGAUGAACGGCGCCUGGUUCGGCGGCCGCCCGCUCCGUGUGGCCAACGCGACGCCCCGCGCCGCGCCGCUGUUGCGGAGAAUGCUGCCGGACCCGAGGUUAGCCUACGCCGUGCCUGGGCCGUACGCGGGCGUGCCCGACUUGCCCCAGGGCGAGCUCAUGUACAUGCCGCCGGCCCAGCAGGGCGCAUCGUCCCCGAUGCAAGGCUACUACGCGGCGCCCAUGAUGGGCAACGAGGGGCCGCACGCUCCCUAUGUGGACUCCGGAAACACCACCGUGUUCGUGGGCGGUCUUCUGGCGGAAGUGUCGGACCAGACGCUCUAUACUCUCUUCAAGCCGUUCGGGGCGAUUGUGCAGAUCAAGCUCCCCCCGGGCAAGAACUGCGGCUUCGUGCGCUACAGCUCGCGGGAGGAGGCCCAGAACGCCAUCAAUAGCAUGGAGGGCUUCGUCAUUGGCGGCCGGCGCGUGCGGCUCGGCUGGGGCCGUAUCGGCCCAAGCAACAAAAAGUUCCAGCAGCACCAGCAGCACCAGCAGCAAAUGGCUCAGAUGCAAAUGCAGGCCGCCAUGUCCCUAGCGUACGACCCAAGCUCCGUCUAUGCCGCAGCUGGGUACCCUCCCAUGCCUGGGGUCCCGGUCGGGCCGCCUGGAAUGUACCACUACCUACCC